UAAAAAAAAUGUAAUAUGUUAUACUGUCUAUAUUUGUAUAUUUAUUUGCAGAGUAUAUUUGGUGGCCUCAAAAAUUAUUUCAGUAAAGGGGGUUCCACAGAUCCUUCAUUCAGGCCCCCUACUGCUGAAAUUUCAUCUAGAAAGCAUUCAAGCACUUUGCAAGAUACAGUAGAAAAUUUAAAAACUGAUACUAAACUAAGUGAAGCAUCACAUCCAGCUUUAAGAGUUCGGGAUUUGUCAUUUGAUGAAUCAGAUUCAUUUCAAUCAAACCUAUCGAAGCCAAAGACCCUUUCACCUUCAGCUUCUUCAGGAUUUUCCAGUAACAUUGAAGAAAAACUUGAUAAAAACCUUGAAUUCAUGUCUUUGGGGCUUGGAAGACUAAAGAAUUUAGCUAUUGGCUUAAAUGAAGAGAUAGAACAACAGAAUGAAAUGAUAGAUGUAAUUCAUAACAAAGCUGACAAAGCAGACGAGACCUUGGAGUAUCAAAAUCGGCAGAUCAAACGUAUAUUAAAAAAAUGAUGACUGAUAGUGAGAUGUCUGUAUUUUGUUUAUAGAAGUAUUUAUUCAAAUAAAUUCCACUGUCACUAUAGUUUAUUGUAUGUUUUAGUUUUUUAAAGAAUUAUUGCCUUGAAAAUUCAGAAUCAAGUCCGCUGUAACUAAAGUUUAUUGUAUGUUUUAGUUUUUUAAAGAAUUAUUACUUUGAAAAUUCCAAGUCAAGGUAUAAUCAUAUUUUAAUUGUUAAAGAAACACUUAAUAUUUUAAAAAGAAUACUAAAAUGAGAAAAAUAAAAAUUAUUUCAGAGAACAUACACAUUUAUAUGUAAUUUUAUAAAAUGUUGAUUUUUUCACACCAGACUUUUCAGAAAUAAAAUACCUAAACUAUUUAUAGUUUUGCCAUAAAUCUAUUGCCUUAUAGCUGGAUAAAAUAUAUUUAUGCUUUUACCAAAGUGAUACCAGUUACUGUAGAUUAAGUUUAUAGUUGCCUGAUGAAAGUACCUAUAGAUAUAUUAAAAGCAGUAACAUAUUUAAUUGAAAUAAAAUUUUCUGAAGUGUGAUUUUUUUAAAAAUUUGAUUUAUAUAAUAUGGAAAAAUGAUGUUACAUUUAUUUAUUUUAUUUCCAUAUACUUAUUUCUUUAAAGGGAAUAUUUUUAAUUUGCAAAUUUUUCCUCAAUUGCUACAAAAAUUGGUAUCGCAUUGGACAGUUAGUUUAUAUAUUCGAUGUCUGAAUAUCUCUUGGCCAAGAAAAAUGCUGAUUUUAGAUGAAAUUUAAGACACAAAAAAAUUCUUCAAUAGAAUGUUGUGACAUUGUCACCAUUUUUGUAUGUUUUUUUAUUCCAAGUUCCAAAUGUUUUUAUUGACAGUUGUGAUAUUUUAAUCUUGAACUUAGUUUUUAAAUAUGCACUUUUGGUAUUUGUCUGCAAUAGAAGAAACCGUAACAAAAUUUUUGCAGAAAUACCAUUAUUUUGCCACAAAAUCACUAGAGAAUAUCUUUCAGAUUUGUUCUAAAAAUGACUGCUAUAAAAUUUACACCAUAACAAACCAAACAAAAACUCUUCAAGCAGGUUUAUUGAUUGAAUUCUGAGUUAAAUGUAUAAUUGAAAUGUAAAAUAUGUAUAUAAUAAGUAUUUUUUGUAAUUAUAAAUAAUUUUUUCCUUAAAACAUUACCAAACCAUGCAAAGUUUGUUGCUCUAAUUCAUAAGUACCAAAUCUUGUUUAAAUUAUCCAUACUUUAAUUUCCAACCUUAAAUGUUUACAUAUCACACUUGCAAUAAUAUUUGAUUUGGAAGUAAUGUUUAAUUUAUAGACUGAGAAGACCUGUGUGAAAUGAUAAAUGUGAACAACUAUCAUGCAAUAUUUUAUUUUGAUAUUAAUCAGUAUUUGUGGAUAUCUUGAAUUUAUUUUCUGUUCUAUAUACAUUUUCUAUGAAUAAUGUUAAGUUUUACAUUGUAUAUAUAUGUAUCAUUAUAUAUUUAUAUUAGUGUAUCAGUUAUUAAUAUUAAAGAGUAUGAUGAAUUUA